AUGCAUGGGCCUCCCCUGGCCUCUGGGCAGCUAGCCUUUGAUAUUGGGUGUCUUUUGUGGGUGGGGACUCUGCUGACGGCGACCUGUCUCUCCCCCGUGCAUCCUCCUUUGCGGCUUCUCUUGGGUGCAUGCCUCGCAGGGAGCGUUUUCUCUCUGGGAACCUCUGCAGUGGCUGCCGGGCAAACGCGGGCUGCAGCAAGCCUCGCGUACCUUACUGCCCUCAAUCAAUACGUCCACGUGCAAGAAGAAAGAGAGCAGGAACUAACCGAGGCGACUUUGCGUCGGUACGAUGCGCUGGUGGUUUGCGAGGGCACGGGAGCCUCUAUUCAGCGCCUGAACGCACUUUGCCGCGCGUUGUCGCCGCCUUUGGGGUUUGUUUGCGGGCUCUCUGCGGGUCUGUCGCUGCUCGUCUUUACGGACUUUGGUCCGAGCUUCAGAGUGCUAGACACGAAUGGGGAGGAGCCGAAGGAGGCGCUCGUGGCGACGAUUACGCAAGAGGAAAACGCCGCCGUCCAUCUGCACACGGAAAAGCCUCUGCCCUUCGAAGACGGUGAUUUGGUGGCCUUUAGGGAAGUUGAGGGCAUGACGGAGAUCAACGCGGCCCCCCCUCAGAAAAUCAAGCUUCACGGGCGUCAUGCCUUCCUGAUAGGCGACACGCGGGGAUAUGGAGCGUACUCGGGUGGGGGCAUCGUGAAGCAGGUUAAGGCUCCCAAAGACAUAGCUUUCCGGAGCUGGGAAGAGUGCGUCCUGCAUCCAGUAGCGCAGGGAGAAAGCAUGAUGGUCGUUGCGGACUUGGGCAAAUUCGGGAGGCCCCCCCAACUGCACUUUGCGUUCAUGGCACUCCUUUCCCUGCUCGACGAGCGGCAAGGCCAGUCAGUCCCUCAUCCCGUCCUGUAUUCUGAGACGGCAGCGGCGCGCGAUCCUGCUGCUGCUGCGGCUGCGAAGGCGGAGGCGGAUGGCUGCGUCUCACGCGCGUCGAAAAUUGCACAGCAGCUUCUCGCGCAGUGCAAGGAGAGGGAGGGGCGGGAAGACGGCGUGGUCUCGGUGGACGCCUUGGAUCAGACUGUCUUGGACCAUGUUGUGCGCUUCUCUCCGUGUUGCCUCUCGCCCAUCGCUUCCUUCAUUGGCGGCGUCAUUGCUCAAGAAGUCGUCAAGCUCACCGGAAAGUACAUGCCUCUGAAGGGCUUUCUGUACGUGGACGCGCUCGAGUGCCUUUUGACACCCGAGUUCAAGGCCCUCUUGCAGCAGCAGCAGCAGCAACAACAACAGCGGCUGCUGCGCAGCAUGCAAGACGAGGCAGCAGGCUACGCGUCUCUCCUAGACUGGCCGUCUGCCGACCAAGUCGGCCUCUGGGGGGAGACCUUCCAGGCUGUGCUGUCAGCAGCAAAAGUCUUCAUCGUCGGCGCUGGAGCCUUGGGAUGCGAGCUGCUCAAGGGCAUGGCACUGAUGGGGGUUGCCUGUGGCGAAGGGGGUGCCUUGACGAUCACUGACAUGGAUCGAAUCGAAGUCUCAAACCUCAACAGGCAGUUUCUCUUCAGGCGAGAACACGUAGGACAGAGUAAGAGCACCACUGCCGCUGCUGCAGCGCUUGCUAUGAAUCCGAAGCUCAAGGUUGAAGCCCUCGAAGCCCGCGUCGGUCCAGAGACUGAAGGCGUUACUUUCACGGAAUCCUUCUGGAUGCGGCAAGACCUCAUGAUUAGGCAGUACGUCGACAGCCGCUGCGUGGUCUUCACCAAACCCCUCUUGGAAAGCGGCACGCUGGGAACGAAGGCGAACGUCCAGGUGGUGGUUCCCCAUCUCACUCAGUGCUAUUCAGACUCAAUCGAUCCGCCGGAGGAGUCGAUCCCCCUGUGCACCCUGAGGCACUUCCCGCACACCGUUGAACACACUAUUGAAUGGAGUCGAGAUGCCUUUCAAGGCAUCUUCACCGACAAGAUCUCAGAAGCCCGUCAGUUUGCCGCUGAUCCAACGGCGUUCAUCGAGACAGUCCUUUCGGAAGGCGGACAGAGCCAGCAGCUGCAGCGACUCGAGCAGGUCCUAGAGAGCGUAUCCACCUAUGGCAUCACCUCCAUGCCUCCUUCAGCGCCUUCCUUCGCAGACUGCGUAAAGCGAUCCGUCCUCCUCUUCAACGAGCUUUUCAGAGUGCAAAUUCUGCAGCUUCUCGCCGCCUUCCCGCUUGAUCACAGAAUCAGCACAGGGGCCCUCUUCUGGUCCGCCCCCAAGAGACCCCCCAAGGCUAUCGAGUUCAACCCACAGGACGAACUCCAUAUUCAGUUCAUUGUGGCAGCUGCAAACCUCUUUGCCAAUGCCUUCGGACUGCCUCAAGAAAGGGACGUCGAGAAGGUGAGGGCUUUGGCUGCCGAGGUGCCUAUCCCGGAGUUCGAACAAAGGAAGGUGCAAAUCGUCUUGGAUGACGCUGAGGAGCAGCAGGCGGAUACCAGCAGCAGCAGCGGUGCUGGGAAUGAGCAGCAGCCCAUGCUAGGCACGCUGCAGGCAGAAGUCGAUCAGAAUUUAGAAGAUGAGACCGCAAGACUGUGCGACAUCAAGCAGAAGCUGCUGAACAUCAAAGGCACUUCGUCGUUGGUGUUUGUUCCUGUUUCCUUCGAGAAGGACGUGGAAGACAACUUCCACGUUGCCUUUGUGCAUGCAGCGGCGAUGCUGCGAGCUGCCAACUACUCCAUCGAGGGCUGCGAUAAACACAAGACUAAGCUGAUUGCGGGCCGGAUCAUACCAGCCAUCGCAACGACAACCGCGAUGAUCACUGGCUUAGUGUGCCUAGAGGCCAUCAAGGUCUUGUCUCGUGAAGGAAGGAAGCUGGAGGAUUACAAGAACGCCUUCAUCAACUUGGCGCUCCCCUUGUGGCUGUUCAGCGAGCCCAUGCCCCCUCUCAAGAGUGUCGACAAGGACUAUGAGCCCGUCACAGGUGGUCCUGUUCGCGCCAAGCCUCAAGGCUUUACAUGCUGGGACAAAAUAAAGAUAGACUUGCCAAACUGUCGCCUUAAGGAUGUGGUGGACUAUCUCGAAGAGCAGUUUGAUGUGAAUGUCGAUAUUCUCUCGUUUGGCAAUUUCUGCCUUUUCAACGGCUUCCUCCCCCAACACAAACAGGGCAGACUCAACAAGCCCCUGACAGAACUGAUCGAGGAGAUUACGCACAAGCCGCCUCCACAAACCGUCUUGAUGGAGUGCAGCUGCCACAGCAAAGAAGACUCGGUUGACAUCCUCUUGCCUUCGAUCGCCCUCCUGAAUGUUGGACAGCCCACAGCUUAG